AAUAUGUAGAAUGCAUAUAGCCGAUCGAACGCUUGAGAUCUUCCAAUUUACUUCUUCCAACUUCUCUGCAUAUAUGUUAUGUAUUGCUUUUUUUUCACUGAAGUUAUGCAGUCUGAUCAGAAUAUCGCCUUGAGAACCCUUUUUAUGUGCUCGUUAUUAUUCUCCUUCGUGGGAACCUCCACUACAAAUACACUAGACACUAUCUCUCCAAAUCAAUAUAUUAGAGAUGAUCAAACUCUAGUUUCAGCAGGUGGAACCUUUCAACUGGGAUUCUUCAGCCCUGGUAAAUUGACAGGCCGAUACCUGGGGAUAUGGUACACCAUUUCUAAUGAGAUAGUAGUAUGGGUAGCCAACCGAGAAACACCACUUAAUGAUUCUUCAGGAGUUUUGAAGGUCACUGAUCAAGGAAUUCUAGUCCUUCUUAAUAGCUCAAACGGCAUUGUAUGGUCAUCUAACUCAUCAAGAACUGUAGAUAAUCCAGUAUCACAACUAUUGGAUUCGGGAAAUCUUGUUGUGAAAGAUGCAAACGAAACUAACCCUGAUAACUUCUUGUGGCAGAGUUUUGAUUAUCCUUGUGACACAUUCCUACCAGAAAUGAAGCUUGGUUGGGACUUCGUUACUGGUUUAGACAGGUAUGUUUCGUGUUGGAAGAGCACAGAAGAUCCUGCUCGAGGAGAGUUUUCCCUAUGGAUGAGUCCUCACGGUUUACCACAACUUUUUGUUAUGAAGGGAAUUAAGAUACAGACUAGAUCAGGUUCAUGGAACGGCCUUCAAUUAACAGGAUCUAUGAGACGAUCAAGCCCAUCUCAGUUUGAAUUUUUCUUAAGUAAGGAUGAGGUUUAUUAUGAGUACAGACUCCUAAACAGGUCUAUUCCCUCAAGAUAUGUAUUGACCCCAUCUGGCAUUGCACAGUGGUUCAUAUGGAUUGAAAAUACACAUAGUUGGGAACCCUUCUUUCAAACCCAACAAGAUGAGUGUGAAAUUUAUGCCUUCUGUGGUGCAUAUUCUAGAUGCGACACCAGUAAUGCUCCCGUUUGUGCAUGCUUGAAGGGAUUUAUACCAAAAUCGACAGAACAUUGGAAUUCACAAAAUUGGUCUGAUGGGUGUAUUCGAAAUACUCCAUUAGCUUGCAGCUAUAAAGAUAAGUUCUUUAAAUACACUAGCUUUAAAUUGCCAGACACGUCUUCCUCAUGGUUUGAUAAGAGCAUGAGCCUCAAGGAAUGCAAGAGAUUAUGUUUGGAAAACUGCUCAUGUACAGCAUAUGCAACUUUAGAUAUCAGGGAUGGAGGAAGUGGCUGCUUGCUUUGGUUUGGAAACCUCAUUGACAUAAGAGCCUUGCCAUCUGAUUCUCAAGACCUCUAUAUACGGCUGGCUUCUUCAGAACUAGAUGAUGUUGAGAAAAAGAGCAAGUUCAACAAGAAAAGGCAAGCUGGAAUUGUAAUCAGCUCUGUACUUUUUCUAGUGGUAAUGCUAAUAGCGGGGUUUAUCUUGUAUAUACGAAAGAAGAAACUCAGAAAUCAAGUAGUCAGAAAAAAGGAUGACCUUGGAGAAGAUCGGGAAGACAGAGAGUUGCCACUAUUUGACUUCAACACAAUAGUUCAUGCCACUAAUGGCUUUUCAAGCAGAAACAAGCUGGGAGAAGGUGGUUUUGGACCAGUAUACCAGGGUACAUUGAUAGGAGGGAAAGAAAUUGCAGUAAAGAGGCUUUCAAAGGAUUCUGGACAAGGAAUGAGGGAGUUCAAAAAUGAAGUUAUACUGAUAGCCAAACUUCAGCACCGCAAUCUUGUAAAGCUUCUUGGUUGUUGCACUCAAGAUGACGAAAAAAUCUUAAUAUAUGAAUUCAUGGCCAACAGGAGUUUGGAUUUCUAUAUUUUUGACCAGGAAAGAGCAAAAUUGCUCGACUGGCCUAAGUGCUUCCACAUUAUUGAUGGAAUUGCUCGAGGACUUCUUUAUCUUCACCAAGACUCUAGAUUAAGGAUUAUCCAUAGAGAUCUGAAAGCUAGCAAUAUUUUGCUUGAUAAUGAUAUGAACCCAAAGAUUUCUGACUUUGGCCUGGCCAGAAUAUUUGGUGCCGAUCAAAGUCGGGGUAAUACAAAAAGAGUGGUUGGAACAUAUGGCUAUAUGCCCCCUGAAUAUGCAGUAGAUGGAAUUUUCUCGACGAAAUCAGAUGUAUUUAGCUUUGGUGUUGUACUGUUAGAGAUAUUGAGUAGGCAGAAGAACAGGGGAUUUUGGCAUCCAGAUCACCAUCUUAACCUUCUUGGACAUGCAUGGACACUAUGGAUCCAAAAUAUUCCACAGGAACUGAUUGAUAAGUCGCUAAGCGAUUCGUGCACCAUAUCCGAAGUGUUACGGUGUCUUCAAGUGGCUCUGUUAUGUGUGCAACAAGUACCUGAAGAUAGACCAAGCAUGUCAUCUGUGGUUCUAAUGCUGAGCAGUGAGGUUGCAUUGCCUCCACCAAAGCAGCCUGGUUUUUACACUGAACGAACUCUACCUGAUGAUCCUUCAAGGGUGCGUGAUUCGUCGGAAAAUAAUUUCAGCACUACAUUGUUAGAGGCUCGGCCAAUCGAACGCUUGAGAUCUUCCAUUUUACUUCUUCCAACUUCUCUGCAUGUAUGUUAUGUAUUGCUUUUGUUCACUAAAGUUAUGCAUUCUGAUCCGAAUAUUGCCUUGAGAACCCUUUUUGUGUGCUCGUUAUUAUUCUCCUUUGUGAGAACCUCCACUACAAAUACACUAGACACUAUCUCUCCAAAUCAAUAUAUUAGAGGCGAUCAAACUCUAGUUUCAGCAGGUGGAACCUUUCAACUGGGAUUCUUCAGCCCUGGUAAAGUCAAAGGCCAAUACUUGGGGAUAUGGUACACUAUUUCUAAAGAGAUAGUUGUAUGGGUAGCCAACAGAGAAACACCACUUGAUGAUUCUUCAGGAGUUUUAAAGGUCACUGAUCAAGGAGUUCUAGUCCUUCUCAAUAGCUCAAACGGCAUUGUAUGGUCAUCCAACUCAUCAAAAACUGCAGAUAAUCCAGUAUUACAACUGUUGGAUUCGGGAAAUCUUGUUGUGAAAGAUGCAGACGAAACUAACCCUGAUAACUUCCUGUGGCAGAGUUUUGAUUAUCCUUGUGAUACAUUCCUACCAGAAAUGAAGCUUGGAUGGGACUUCAUUACUGGUUUUGAAAGGUAUGUUUCGUCUUGGAAGAGCACAGAAAAUCCUGCUCGAGGAGAGUUUUCACUAGGGAUGACUCCUCAUGGUUUACCACAACUUGUUGUUAUGAAGGGAGCUAAGAUACAAACUAGAUCAGGUUCAUGGAACGGCCUUCGAUUAACAGGAUCUAUCAGUCGACCAAACCCACUAUCUGAGUUUGAAUUUUUCUUGAAUAAGGAUGAGGUUUAUUAUGAGUACAGACUCCUAAACAAGUCUAUGCCCUCACGAUAUACAUUGAACCCAUUUGGCAUUGCACUGUGGUUCACAUGGAUUGAAAACACACAUAGUUGGGAACCAUUCUUUUCAACCCAACAAGACCAGUGUGAAAUUUAUGCUUUCUGUGGUUCAUAUUCUAGCUGCAACAUCGGUAAUGCUCCCGUAUGUACAUGCCUGAAGGGAUUUAUACCAAAAUCGCCAGAACAAUGGAAUUCACAGAAUUGGUCUGAUGGGUGUAUUCGAAAUACUCCAUUAUCUUGCAGCUAUAAUGAUGGCUUCUUUAAAUACACUAGCUUUAAAUUGCCGGACACAUCUUCCUCGUGGUUUGAUAAGAGGAAGAGCCUCAAGGAAUGCAAGGGAUUAUGUUUGGAAAACUGCUCAUGUACGUCAUAUGCAAAUUUAGAUAUCAGGGAUGGAGGAAGUGGCUGCUUGCUUUGGUUUGGAGACCUCACUGACAUAAGAACCUUCCAAGGGGGGGGGGGGGGGGGGGGGGGGAUAGGGGUUAGCAUUAAUUUCAUAAGUGCAACUGUCCACAUCUUGCUGAAGAGAUCUCCUACUGUUUCAGUAGCCAGAAGAAAGGAUUACCUUGGAGAAGACCGGGAAGACAUGGAGUUGCCAUUAUAUGACUUGAACACGAUAGUUCAUGCCACCAACAGCUUUUCAAGCAGAAACAAGCUGGGAGAAGGUACAUUGAUAGGAGGGAAUGAAAUUGCAGUAAAGAGGCUUUCAAAGGAUUCUGGACAAGGAAUGAGGGAGUUCAAAAAUGAAGUUAUAUUGAUAGCCAAACUUCAGCACUGCAAUCUUGUAAAGCUUCUUGGUUGUUGCACUCAAGAUGAUGAAAAAAUCUUAAUAUAUGAAUUCAUGGCCAACAGAAGCUUGGAUUUCUUUAUUUUUGACCAGGAAAGAGCGAAAUUGCUCGACUGGCCUAAGUGCUUCCACAUUAUUGAUGGAAUUGCUCGAGGACUUCUUUAUCUUCACCAAGACUCUAGAUGAAGGAUUAUCCAUAGAGAUCUGAAAGCUAGCAAUAUUUUGCUUGAUGAUAAUAUGAACCCAAAGAUUUCUGACUUUGGCCUGGCCAAAAUAUUUGGUGGCGAUCAAAGUCAAGCCAAUACUAAUAGAGUUGUUGGAACAUAUGGCUAUAUGCCUCCUGAAUAUGCAGUAGAUGGAAUUUUCUCGACGAAAUCAGAUGUAUUUAGCUUUGGUGUUGUACUGCUAGAGAUACUGAGUAGGCAGAAGAACAGAGGAUUUUGGCAUCCAGAUCACCAUCUUAACCUUCUUCGACAUGCUUGGACACUAUGGAUCCAAAAUAUGCCACUGGAACUGAUCGAUAAGUUGCUAAGCGAUUCGUGCACCAUAUCCGAAGUGUUACGGUGUCUUCAUGUGGCUCUGUUAUGCGUGCAACAAGUACCUGAAGAUAGACCCAGCACGUCAUCUGUGGUUCUAAUGCUGAGCAGUGAGGUUGCAUUGCGUCCACCAAAGCAGCCUGGUUUUUACACCGAACGAACUCUCCCUGAUGAUCUGUCAAGGGCACGUGAUUUGUCAGAAAAUAAUUUCAGCACUACAUUGUUAGAGGGUCGGUAGAUGAUCAUCAAUCUUUCUGAUGCAUGUUAAUGCUCCUGUCACCAAAAUGGGUUUGCCAUGUAAGCUUGAUUUGAACCUUGUAGGCUUAGCUGGGAAACAAUGAUUCAAGAUUAUUCAUAUUAUGCAACACACAUGUUUUUGAGUUAUAAUUUAAUUUGGAAGCACAAACAAAAAAAUUCUGGGUUGUCUGGGCUGUGGAAGAAAAUUGGAGGAGCUAUAGGCUAUAUUGGUACUUAGCUCUAUUUUGUUCCCCUAGGGAAGGUAAGAGCCAUCAAACUUGUUUAGAUUCGCAUU